CAGCAUGCGAAGCAGCUUGACCCUCAUUUCUUCCAUACUCAUUACUCUUAUGCAACAACGUAUAUUGCAUUAUAACUAGAGCAUUAUGUAGGCAUCUCCCUUUUUGUUUCGCUUGCUGAAAUAGUCGCGGUCUAAGGAGGGCUUCAGAUCAAACAGAUCACGGUGGACAUUAAGCAUUAACAUGGAUACAAUUAAAGGACACCCAGAACAUGUGGAGACGGUGUUCGGCGAGGCAAUUGUUGCUCGGGAUGAGUCCCUUGUAGUGUUGGCGGGCGCUUGCGGCCUUGGGCCACCAGAUCUUUGCUGGUUACAAAAGGCUCCAAAGAGUGCGCUAACUGGAGCGACUGGCGAAGCCAAAGGAUACUACCAUUACUGCCUUGGCGUGGACGCUUCUUCAUCGGCAGCUGUCGCAGCUUAUUUUGCCACUCUGACAUCCAUGGUCGAAGCACCGACAUUCCUGCAGGGUCUAUUCAGCACCUCCGAAACCCGCAUCGAACGCGGCUUCUACUGCUGCUACGACCCGCUCAGUCGGCUGGACGUGCGCUGCGAGCUGUGCAUCCCGGGCGGGGUGGUGUGCGGGGCGCUGGACUGCGAGGGCAAUGUGCACGACGUGACACCCGACCUGUGGAGGAAUUGCGUGGUGGCUACCUUCCUGCGGUCGGAGCUGUACGAGGCGGAGCUGGCGCUGCACUCGCCCGCCCCCGUGGCACGCCACCCGCCCCUGCCCGGACCGCUGUCCGAGAGCCGGCUGCUGGGUGCGGUGGCGGGGCUGUACGAGGACGGCAUUCUGCCGGAGGCGCUGGAGGGGCUAAGUGUGGACCAGGCAUGCGGUGUGUUUCCGGAGCACUGCGACCUGGUGCUGCACACGCUGCUGCACUACUUUGCGCGCCGGCAGCGGUGGGGCACCGCGCUGGAGUUCUUUGCGAGGCUGGCCCCCCUCUACCCCCCCGCCGCCCUCUUCGUGGCUGCCGUACAACGCGAGUGUGGGCUGUACGACGAGGCGCUGUCCACCCUCUCCCGGGCAGUGGAGGGGGCCCCGGGGGAGGGCACCCUGCUGGCGGCGCUGGCGGCAGAGUGCCUUGCAGCGGACCAGGUCGAUGCCGCGCUGCGCCUCGCCACCCAGGCCGCCCGCCUGCGCCCGCUGCUGCGCCCCGCCUGGCUCACCCUGGCACGUGCCUACUGCCGGCUGGGGGCGGGCGGGGGCGCAGCGGCGCUGGUGGUUCUCAAUCUGGUGCCGCCGCCGCCGUUGCCGGGCAGGGAGGAGGCCAUGCUGCAUGUGGUUGUCCCCCCCGCUCCCAAGUCCGUCACGCGCCCUGCCGUACCGCCGUACGACCUGGAUGUGGCGGCGGUACGACAAGUGCUGGCAGAGGAGGACAUCGUGCAUCCGGGCACCAACAACAACAACACCGCCUCCGCUCCCGGCCCCGGCGCACCUUCCGCCUCCUUCCCCGCCUCCUUCCCCGCCUCCACCCCCGGGGCCCCCCACCCCACCCUGCCCGGAGCCCUCAUGAUUCCGCGGGAGCCCCUGGAUGCAGCCGCCGCCCCGGAUACGGCACCCCUGCGCAUUACUAAGGCCGUACUGGCGGCAGUGUAUGCCGUACUGCAGGACCUGGUAGCGCUGUCCGGCUGGGAUGGUUUCCUGCAGCUGCGCUCCUCCGUGUUCGUGAUGCAUGCUGACUCGGACGUGUUACGGCAGCAGCAGCGGGAAGCCGAGGAGCGGGAGCGGCAGCUGCGGCUGCUGCACCGGCAGCUAUCCGCCACCCUGCCUCCCUCGCCCGGCAGCAGGGGGCAGCUGCCGCCGCCGCCGCUGCAGCUGCUGCAGCCGCCGCCGGGUGGGGGGCAGGGGCAGCAGCAGCUGGCGGGCAUGACACGGGAAGCAGGAGCACGUGAUGGUAUGGACCUGGACGCUGCGUUCGAGGAGGCGGUGGUGAUGGGGCUGUCGGACUACCCGGAGCACCUAGAGACCGGCUACGAUGACCCACGGGUCGCCGCCGCCCGCGAGGCGCACCGCCGUCACCUCCGAGAGAUCGCCGAGCGACAGGCGCGACUGGAGGCGGCGGAGGGCGGCGCCUACGCAGAUGAUGAAUGGGACGGCUCCUCCUCCCUUUCUUCCGCCUCCGACACCACUGCUGCUGCUACCGGGGGUCGUGGUGGGGGCAGUGGGGGUGCAGGAGGGGGAACUGGGGGGGCGCGAAGCACGGCUAGCAGGUCGCAGAGGCGGGAUAAUAAGGGGGGUGGAAGUACGACACAUGGUAAGGCCCGGGGACGAGGGUCGGGUCGUCGUACAGGUAGCGGAGGAGGAGGUCUGAAGGCGGCCCUGGAUGAGGCGGCGCUUGAUUUGAUGGUGCAGCAACAACAACGGCGGCAGCAGCAAGGGCCAGCAGGGGAGGUGGGCAUUGUGGUUGCAGCAGCCGAGGCGGCGGCGGUAGAAGAAGCGGCAAGAGGAGCAGCAGCGGCGGCGACGGAAGGGGUAACGGAGAUGCUGGCGGCUGCUGGUGUCGUGGAUGCAGGGGAGCUUGUACGACAGGAGGCCGCGGAGGCGGCAGCGGCAAUGGCGGCGGAGUUGGCAGUGGCAGGGGACCUUCCUCCUCAUGAGGCUUUACGACAGGCUGUUGGCCCCGCAGCAGUGGCAGCAGCAGCAGCAGCACCAGUAGCGGAUGGAGCUGCAGCUGCAGCUGUUGCAGCUGAGAGCGCUCCGACAGCAGCAGCAGCACCCUCUAGUUGGUGGGGUGCCUGGUUUGGAGGUGGAGGCACGCAGCCGCGGUAUCGGGAACGAGGACCGUUGGGCGAGGCAUGUGAAGCAGCGGCGGAGGCGGAAACAGCGGCACUUGUACGGCGGAGCGGUGCAGGUGGGCGCUGGCGGCUAGGGCCGCAGCAGCAGCGUUGUGGCGUGGUGGUGAUGGAAGACCCGGCAGAAGCGGAGGCGGUGGUUGAGGAGGUGGUUGAGGAGGAGUGGUGGCGGCCGGCCGAGGCGGGGGCGCCCAGGGCGGAGGAAGCGACAACAAGCAGUACCUCACAUGUCGUAUGCACGUCGCUGGCUCCCUUGAUAACCACCUCGCAGCAUUCGGCCGACUGGGGUAACGGCUUGCAACCGUCAUUGGCGACGACGGAGGCGAAGGCGGAGGCGACAUGGAGGACGAAACAACACCCCGCAUGCUCCACCGCUAUUGCCGCCGGUAACAACAGAAAGCAGCAGCACCAGCAGCAGCAGCAGCCCGGAAGGCCCUGGCCCACGUCGGCGAUGGUGAAGCACCUGGCUUGCAAGCUCACCGCAUGUACCGCUUCCUACCGCCGGCGGCGACAGCAGCGGCGGCUGCAGCGGGCGCUACUCGCGUCACUACCGUCAGAGGGGCUGGCGCUGUCGUACGGCCCGUUGGCGCCGCUGCUGCCGCCGCCGGCUGCGGCAAAGGAGGCUGCCGCCGCCGGUGCCUGCUGCCACGUGCUAGGCAACGCUCGGGUGUUAUUACACACCGCAGAGGGUUGCCUCUCCAGUGGGCGGAGGUGGCGUUGUGGCGGUGCUUCAGGGCCGCGUGCGGUGGCGGAGGCUAGCGGCGACGCUGACGCUGACGCCGCGGCAGCGGCAGCAGAUGCGACUGCUAGUGGUGGCUCGCCUUCUGGGAAUGCGCCUGUGGCUGCUGCUGCUGCUGCCGGCGGCGGAGAGGACAUCGACAGUGGCGAUGACAGCGGGCUUCCGCUGUUGCUCCAGAACCCGGAUGCGGAUCGCCGCAUGGUGUUGGAGGGACUUGAUGCGACGGAGAGCGGCGCCAAGCGUCUGUGUGUUAGGUGGUUGGACGAGCUCAUCGUGGCGUUGUGGCACGACCUUCAGGCCUUCCUGGACUGGAAGGCGCUAGACACGGAGCUCCAAGAAGCCGGGUUUCGGAGCCACGCGGAGAUCGUGGCGGGUCUUGCGCCGGCACCCUCCCCUGCUGACUACCAACGCGCUCGGGACGCUGCUGCGACCACCACUGCUGCUGCUGCUGCUGCCGGCAACCCCAGCAGCGGUACUGGUACUGGUGCUGUUGCUGCUGCUGCUGCUGCUGGUACUGCUGCUGCUGCUGAUGGGGACAGCACCGCUCCGCCUCCGCCUCCGCGGCCUCCGCCGGUGCUGCCCUCCCUGCCGCCCACUGAGUGGCUCCGAAGGGGUCUGCUGGCGGAGCGGCUACAUCACGAGGCGGAUGCGCUGGCAGCCUACCAGGCAGCGGUGUCCAUUCCGCCUUCGGUGCUGUUGAGUACGACAGGAGGAGGGGGAGGGGGAGGGGCGGCGGCAGCAGCGGUGUUUGCGGAGGCGCCGGGGAGCGGUCCGGGCGCGUUUAGCAUGAUUGCGUGGCAGGCCAUCAUGCGUCUUGCGCUGGUCGCCGACCCACGGGACACCUCCUGGGCCCUUCGUGCCGUACAAGCCAUCCUCUCCUGGCUGGAAGCCCGGGCGCCAGCUGGUUCGGGGAACUGUACGGCAGUACCCUUCACUUCCGGAUUCGUACAAGGUACUGCAGUGGCGGCGGCCGCUCGUACUGCAGGUACGACGACAACAACCGCAGCCAGUAGCAGCAGCACAAGCAAGCUGUCAGCGUGUCCAGUAGCUGUCGUACAUUGCUUGCAUCUUCUAGCUGCCGUACUCGGCGGGGAGGAGGGUGUGGAGGCGGUGCUAUCCGGGGGUGCUGCCUCGUCAGCAACAUCAUCAUCGGGGGGCGGCGCUGUACGGCAGCAGCGGAGUGGCAGUACGACCAGCAACCCCACCCCUACCACCACCACCAGCAGCAGCUUAGUAGGGAAGAAGCGAAGUAGCGGUGGCGGCAGCGGUGGUGGUGGCGGAGGCGCCGGGUCUGCACGGGCUGCUACGCCGGCUGCUGCCGCUGCUACGGCUGCUGCUUCAGUCCAAGCCGCUACGGGUGCGGUUCAGUUGCAUCCGGUGGCAGCAGCGGUGCUGCGGAGCGUGAGUCAAGCAGCAGCUGCAGCAGCCUCCGCGUCAGCUGGUGGUGCUGGUGGUGCUGCUGCUGCACCAGGGGAAGGGGCGACUACAACGGACGGGGAGCCGGCGGUGGGCUCCACGGGUGAUGCUAGCAAUGGUG